AUGAAUGCCCUUCUAUUUGCAUCGCUUCUGGCGACACUGGCUCGGGCCGUAGAAGUCACAAAGAAAGACUGGGACGAAAAAACGGCAGGCAAGACGGUCUUCGUGAAGUUUUUUGCACCGUGGUGCGGGCAUUGCAAAAAGAUGAAGCCUGCGUGGGACAAGUUGAUGCAGGAGUAUGAAGAUCACGACAGUAUCCUGGUAGCUGAUGUGGAUUGCAUCGGUGACGGCAAGUCUAAAUGUGAAGAGGUCGGAAUUGAGGGCUUCCCCACCAUUAAGUACGGAAGCCCUACCAACCUCGAGGAGUACAAAGGGGGCAGAGAUUUCGAGACCCUUGAAAAGUUCGCCAAGGCGAAUCUGGGCCCGACCUGCAGCCCUGAACGAAGCGAUCUCUGCGACGAUCGACAGCAGAAACUGCUAGAGGAGUUCAUGGCUAUGUCUCUCAGUGAGCUGAAGACGAAGAUCAAGGAGAAGGAUGAAGAGAUAUCUGCUGCCGAAAAGCAGGUUCAGGACCUCUUCAAAAGAUUAGAGAAGCAGUAUGAGGAAGCGCAGAAGGCAAAAGAGAGGAAAGAGAAGGCCAUCAAAGAUGCGGGCCUCGGUCUCAUGAAGUCCGUUCAGGCGCACCGCAAGGUGAAAGAGCUGAAGGAUGUCAAAGACAAGCAGGACAAAGAGGAGGAGAAGGAGAAGGAAAACGCGACGAACGCAAGCAAUGCGACGAACGCGACCAGCGAGCUCGAGCACAGCGCGCUGGAGUCCCAGCCGCCUGAGGACGCGACACCAAACAGCACCGAGAUGUCCGGUUCGGAUGCGAAUCCAGCGCCAAGUUCCGACUCAGAGUCGAACACCGGCGCGGCCGAAGCGCAAGAGCCUGCGCCAAAGACUCCGAGUGAGGAGCAAGAGAAGAAACCGGAAACGGAUCGAAAGGAGACGGCGGAGACAGAAGGAAAGGCUGAAAAGGCUGAGUUGUGA